UUGUACUGAAAUAUAUUUAUAUUUUCAGACAUCAAUGUAAUGUAUACACUACUGCAUGGUUUAUAUAAACAUGUUACACAAAAAGACGAAUUCUUCGUUCUCAUCCUUGGUCUCGACAAUGCGGGGAAGACGACGUUUUUGGAAUCGGCCAAAACCAGGUUUGUGAAGAACUACAAGGGAGUGAACUUGUCUAAAAUUACGACCACAGUCGGACUAAACAUUGGGAAGAUUGAUACUAAUGGAGUUCGGUUAAACUUUUGGGAUUUAGGAGGACAAGAAGAGCUACAGGCACUCUGGGAUAAAUAUUAUCAGGAAUGCCACGCUGUGAUAUAUGUAGUGGAUACAGGAGAUAGGGAAAGAAUAGGAGAAUCUAAAGAAUCUUUUAUAAAGAUGAUAAAGAAUGAGAACACUAGAGGGGUUCCUCUUCUAGUGGCCGCCAAUAAACAAGAUCUAGAGGAAUGUAUGGGAGUGCGUGAGGUGAAACCAUUGUUUGAAUCAAAUGUUGAUCACGUUGGAACAAGGGAGGUAAUGGUAUUAGCUACCUCAGGAUUAACUGGCGAGGGAGUCGUGGAAGGGAUUGACUGGGUCGCGCAGUGCGUUGUCAGAAAUAUGCACGCUAGGCCCCCUCACGACAAGGAGAAGAGCUAAAAACCAGCGGAUUGAUUUAUUGAUUGAUACUAAGGACGGAGAAGUCCUAGUUGCACUGAAUGCUCACAGCACAGGCGUGAAUACUGAAUAUCGAACCACCGGUUCAUCUUUGUCAAAUAUCACGUAAAAUAAUCUGCCCAAAAUAUUUAUUUUAAAUCAUAAAAAAUGUGCGGAAAUAAUGGCAAAAAAAAAGCUAACCAAGCAUUUAGUUUGAAAGUUCAAUUUAUUUAUGUUGUGCCAACUUUUGUGCGUUCUUCAUUUUAUGGUUGACCCCCCCCCCCCCGGGGGGUCAACCAAUUGUUUGCAAAAUAAAAUGAAUUUUUAUUCCCCAAAGCACCUUGCCACUUUAUCUGCACGCACUCUAUUGUUUGUUUUUUAAAUCUGUGAUAAACUUGGUGUUUUGGUAUUUUCAUGUACGUUCUUCCAUUUUUUGGAGUCAAUGAGACGGUUGCGACUUAAGCUAUAAAAUCUUCAAAACACGGUUCUGAAAUAAUGAUAAUAAUGUUGAAUCUGGGACCAAAUUUUAUCAAUAUAGAAAAGUAGUUUAGCCGCGUUUAGUAGUUUAGCCACUUCUUUUGUGCGCCGGUUCAAGUUUUGAAGAAGUGGUUUAACUUUGUCUCCACGGUUCAUCUACUUCAGACUAUUAAUUAAAUCUGAUCCUUAACUUACUUCUUUACCUUGCUUGCGUAAUGUUAAAGACUCUUUUUAAUUCUACAAUGAAAGCUAUAAACGAUAGAUGAGUUAUAAUAAAUUUUUAUAAACCAAAA